UUAUUCUAGUACAGUGCUAUGACAAAAAAGUGGUAGAGGCAAUAUCGCUUUUACCACAACCAAGUUCUUCUAAUUUAACCCGAGGAGUUAGCGUUUACUUUCGACGAAUAUGUCUGUGUAUCUCCCUGAAAACCUUGAGAAGCUCAUGGAGAGGCGAGCUGCCGUUCGUAAUCUUGCAGUUAUUGCUCAUGUUGAUCAUGGAAAGACAACUUUAACCGAUUCUCUCUUAACUAGAGGAAAUUUGUUGUCUGAGGAUAAGGCUGGCACUAAAUGCCAAACUGAUACAAGAGAGGACGAACAGCUAAGGGGAAUCACAAUAAAAUCGACGGCUGCAUCUGUUGUGUAUGAAUUGGAAGAAUCGGUUGCCAAGGAAUGUGGCGAGCCAACGAUCCUUACAAAUCUCAUCGACUCACCAGGCCACGUCGACUUUUCGUCGGAAGUAACCGCUGCUCUGAGGGUAUCUGACGGGGCCUUGGUUGUGGUCGACUGCGUAUCAGGGGUAUGCGUGCAAACGGAAACGGUUUUAAGACAAGCGCUUGCCGAAAGCGUAGCGCCUGUUUUGAUCAUGAACAAAUUGGACAGAUGUGUUUUGGAAAAACAAAUGGACCCGGAAAGUAUUUAUGUUCAUCUUCGAUCGAUUUUGGAUGAGGUUAAUUCAAUAGUAUCAACUUACGCAAGUGAUUUAUCAGAAAAAUGGCUGCUCGAUCCUGUUAAGGGUAACGUAGCCUUUGGAAGCGGUUUACACGGAUGGGCUUUCACAUUGCCUCAAUUAGCUGAUUUCUACGCCAAGAAAGUUGAGGGUGUCAAUCCAAAAUCAUUAUUGAAGAAAAUGUGGAAUGAAAACUUUCUUAAUCUUAAAACGAAAAAGUGGACUUCUUCACGAUCUAAUGAUACUGUUAGAGGAUUCAACAAGUACGCUCUUGAACCUGUUUUCAAGCUUCUCGGAGCUUUCGAAAAGUCUCAAGAAGAUGUUGAUAAACUAGGAAGUAUAUUGAACGUUGCUGUACCAUGGAAAAAGUUGGAGACGUCAAAAGACGCCUGCAAAUACAUCAUGAAAAAAUGGAUGAACGCCGGAGAGGCAAUGGUUAGAAUGAUUGCCUUACAUCUGCCGUCACCCAUAGUAGCCCAACGCUACAGAACUGAUAAAUUAUACGAGGGACCUUCUGAUGAUGUAGUAGCAUGCGCCAUGAGAAAUUGUGAUCCUCAUAGUCAUCUAAUGAUGUACGUAACAAAAAUGAUACCAACUUCUGAUGGCAAGCGAUUUUUUGCUUUUGGUCGUGUAUUUUCGGGAACACUAAAUGCAGGUCAAAUGAUCAGAAUUAUGGGACCAAAUGAUGAUAAUGCAACUAGAGUGCCUGUGAAAAGUGCAGUAAGAGUAGCUUUAAUGCAAGUUGGACGAAUUUUAUCUGUUAGCAAAGUCAGUUGUGGAAAUGUAUGCGCCAUUUAUGGAAUUGAUAAAUUCAUUUCCAAGACUGCUUGCUUAACGUCCUUUGAGACCGCAUGCAACAUGAAACUUCUCAAUUUUUCUGUAAGUCCUGUUGUACGUUCCGCCGUCAGUGUACAAAACUGCGCCGAUUUACCGGCUCUAAUCGAAGGAUUGAGAAGACUACAUCAAUCUGAUCCAAUGGUUCAAGUGAGAUCAGAAGAAGGAGAACACAUCAUAGCAGCAGCGGGAGAAUUACAUUUGGAAGUUUGCCUUAAUGAUUUGGAAAAUGAGUUCGCAAAGGUACCAAUAAAGAAAUCCAAACCAAUUGUUACCUAUUGCGAGACUGUAGAUGGCACUAGCACAAAGGUUGCUUUGGCGAAAUCAACGAACAAAUUGAAUAGAUUAUUUGUUACGGCUGAACCUUUAGGAGAAGAACUCUGCUUGGAUAUAGAAAAAGGAGAGAUAACAGCCAUCCAGGAGCCCAAAGAGAGAGUUAGAUUGUUGGCUGAAAAGCAUGGCUGGAAGAGAGACGAAGCCAAGAAAAUCUGGUGUUUUGGACCAGAUAACACAGGACCAAACAUUCUUGUAGAUUGUACAAAAGCUGUUCAAGGACUCGACGGCAUAAAAGAUAUGAUCAUGGCAGCUUUCCAAUGGGUAACGUCCCAGGGAUUGCUUGCCGAGGAAAGAUUAAGAGGAAUCAGAUUUAACAUAGUAGACGCUCUGGUUCAUUGCGAUCCUCAAUGCAGAAAAGGAGGACAAAUCCUACCUGCAGCAAGAAGAGCUUUUCUUGGGGCAAUGUAUGUUGCAAAACCAAGAAUUUUUGAGCCAAUUUAUUCCGUGCAAGUCACUUGUCCACAAACAUCUGUAAAUUCCGUGUACAGUCUCUUCAGUCAAAAGAAGGGCUCGAUCUACGAUGAGAAUCUACACAAUGGCAUCUACAUUCUAAAAGGAUAUUUGCCAGUUAAUCAAAGUUUCGGCUUUAACACAGCAUUGAGAUCCGCAACACACGGUCAGGCUUUUGAACAAUGUUCUUUUGAUCAUUGGGAAAUGAUUGACUCGGAUCCCUUCGAAAAAGGAUCAAAAAUGGACGAAUUAUGCAAGGAAAUAAGACAAAGAAAAGCAAUCGCUCCAGAAAUAAUUGAUUUAGAUAAAUUGGUCGAUAGAAUCUAACUAUCAGUAAUUGAUAUGAUUAUAAGAAAAUCAAGUAAUUUCCCUAAAUAUUCCCUCUCAAAAAAGAGCUUAUUUUCUAUCACCUAUUCUAUUAUUAACAAUAAUUUCACACUUUACUGUCUAAUUAACCUUAACAAUGAAAGUAAUUAUUCUUAAACGAACACUAUUUUUCACUAUAUUUAGUUCUUAAUUAAUACCCUUCUUUAUUUUUAUUCAAUAAAUACAAUAGUAGUAGUAAUAAUAGAAAGAAAAUGUGUUUUGUUUUUA